UUGGGACGCGGUGUCAGAGAGAGAUGGCAGCGGUCAGGAUCUUGUCCCUUACACUAUUGGCGUGGGCGGCGCAAAGCGUGGGCUGUAUGAGCGGUGAGAGACCCGUGGUCAGCCUACCCCUUGGGAAACUCAUCGGGCGUGAAGAGGAAUCCACGGACGGGCGGCCGUUUUACUCGUUCUAUUCCAUUCCCUUCGCCAAACCGCCCUCGGGACGGCUUCGGUUCAGGGACCCCGAGCCGAGCGCAGGCUGGGAGGGCGCGAGGGACGCCUCCACCGCCCCCCCGCCGUGCGUGCAGAUCCCCUUCUCCGCCACCGAGACGGGCGACGCCUCCGUCAUCGGCACAGAGGACUGCCUCUAUCUCAGUGUUUUCACGCGACAGCCAAACGUUCUCGACGCCCGCCUCCCUGUCAUGGUGUACAUCCACGGGGGCGGGUACUUCGCAGGCAGCGCUGACAAGUACCCGCCUCAUGUCUUGCUCAAUGAGGAUAUUGUCAUGGUAUCACUACAGUAUCGGCUUGGCAUCAUGGGAUUCCUAUCGACGGAGGACUCGGUGAUCCCCGGGAACUUCGGCUUGAAGGACCAGGCGCUAGGACUCCGCUGGACGAAGGAGAACAUCCGCUUCUUCGGCGGGGAUGCGUCGCGGAUCACCGUCUUCGGGAUCAGCGCCGGAGCGGCCUCGGUGCACUUCCAGGUCCUCUCGCCCAGCACGGACGGACUCUUCCAGAGAGCCAUCCUCCAGUCAGGGGCGGCCGUGUGUCCCUGGUCCCUUGGGCGUGCGCAUCGAGAGACCGCCCACCGCAUCGCCGCCCGCCAUGGCUGCCCCGCCCACGAAGGCUCGCAAAAGGUUCUGGAAUGUCUUCAAGGCGUCGCUGCUGAAGAAGUUGUGGCGGAUUUGGUGGAGUAUUUUGAAUUCCUCCACGUGCCGCUGGUGAUGGGGCCUCGCGUGGACGGGGACUUCCUCCCUGACGAGCCGGAGGUCCUGCUCGAGGAAGGAAGACACAAGAAGGUGGACCUGAUCUCCGGAAUCACAGCGCAUGACGGCGGCCUCUUCGCGUUCGGCUUGUACGGCCACCAAGAACGCCUCGAACACUUCCGUCGGCAUUUCCCCUCGUCCGGAUCCGUGGCCCUUGAUUUAAACCCCGAGGACGAGGCGCCGCUCGAACUCACGCGAAAAGUGUUCGAAUUUUACUUGGGAGACGCCGAGGUGGGAGUUGGCAACGCUGAUCAGGUGGUUAAGGUGAGAGUUGGCUACGCUGAUCAGGUGGUUAAGAUGUUCACCGACCGGACCUUCGCCGUCUGCCACGACCUGACCCUCCUCUCCCACGCCCGCGACGCCCACGGCGCCCAUCACCGGUCCUUCGCCUACGAGUUCGCCCACCGCGGGGACCACUCCCUCGGGGAUGCCUUCGACGUCCCCUUCGGCAGGCACUGGGUGACCCACGCGGAUGAUGCCUUUUACUUCUUCACGGGUGGAGGUACCUGGCAACCCCUCACCAGCAGCAAGGAUCUGGCUAUGAGGAACAUCGUGACGUCACUGUGGGCCAACUUUGCUGCUACUGGGGACCCGACACCCGAUGACUCCCUAGGCUUCAAGUGGGCGCCGGUGAACGAGACACACCUGCACUACCUGGCCCUCACGCCCACGCCCACAAUGCAGGAGGACUCGCGGCGCCAGGUGCGGGAUUUCUUCGGCGGCCUCCCCACGCGGCAGACCCGGCUCCUGAGGGCGGGCAGACGGGGAGGCUCCGAAGGAGGGACACGGACACAGGAAUAUCCUAAAUCCAUAGAAAAAGAAGAAUUGUAAAUGAUUCUCUUAUAUAUAUAUAUAUAUAUAUAUAUAUAUAUAUAUAUAUAUGUAUACAUACACACACACAGAUAUAUAUAUAUGUAUAUAUAUACAUAUAUACAUAUAUAUAUCCCAAUGCCGUCGAGGGAAAUGAACAAAAAAUGGGGAAAAUGCUGUGCCCAUUUUCUAUGUUUUUCUUGAAAUAUCUGCCGAUAGAUGGCUCUGCUAGCGCCUAAUUUGAAAUGGCGGGAAAAACGUAUUUUUCACUAGUGCUAUGAACAUCGAUGGUGUUAUUUUUAUCAUAAACAUCAUAAUGUUUUUUAACAUUAGUAACAGCAAAAUAACAUAACGUAAAAUAUUUCGUAAAUCAAAGAAAAGGGUAAACGGGCGGGAUGGGCGGUACUCGUAACUGGCUCAUUGGGGAGUUAGUACAAGUGUUGCUAUCUAUGCGUAAAAACAACCAAACAAGUACUCACAGUGGACAUAGCACGUGUGUACACAUCAUACCCGUCGGUAUUGGGAUAUAUAUGUAUAUAUAUAUAUAUAUAUAUAUAUAUAUAUAUAUGUAUGUGUGUGUGUGUGUGUCUGUGUUUGUGUAUUUAUGUAAGGAUGUAUCUAUCUGUCUGUGUAGCUGUCUCUCUCUCUCUCUAUAUAUAUAUAUUGUAAGGUUACCUCCCACAACCAGCCAUCUCUUCCUCAUCUCGCCGCCAGCCUCCCUUCCUUUCGCGGGCCCUGACAUCUAGGUCAACGCUUGCUGCAAUCGCCCUCUCUAUGUCUAUAUGUACAUACGUUCACUUAUUUGUUUUAUUGUUCCACUUUACUUUGGUUCCUAUAUGUCACUUCUGUGUGAGUUUGCCCUUUGACCCCGUCCUCUCUUCUGCGAUUCCUUUGUACGCAAUUUUUUCCUCCCUUCUUCUGUGAGCGUCACGGUUAUUUGUAUCAGUUUAGAUUAUCUUCAAUUUUUUUUUAUCUUAUUUUUUGUCACUUUUUUUCUGUCUACGGAAGCUUAUUCUCAUUUUAAGAGGAAUCUGUUUUAAUGUCAUAUUUUAUCUAUUGUACUUCUUUCUGUCUACUUCACCUUAAGUGUGUAUUUUUUAUGUUUUAUCUUGCUAUGAAGCUCAUAUUAUUUAUGAUUUUAGUCUUCCUUAAUGAUUUUUGUACAAACUUUUUGUUUUACGAACGAUGUUUGGCGUGGGCCGUGACGAAAUUUAUAAAUAUAAGCCGCAUUGAGCUGGAAAUAGAUUAAUUUUCCUCGACA